GGAGGUGGAGGCCGCGGGUUCUAGACCCAAUCGGGCGGACGGGCAGGACUUGCCCCUCCCUCCCCGCGGCGUUCGAGUCCCGUUUUGAUCUAGAACCGGGAGAGAAAAUUUUGAGACCAGUCUGAGCUUAAAAAAAAUCACUGCUUUAUCCCCGGGGGCACCUCCCUGCCUGUCGUCCACACCAAGAUGCACUUCUGCACCUUAUGUAUAAUUUGUUCCAUGAAUAUCUGUUUACAGUCUCAGGAGUUCACGCCUAUUCCAAAACGCCUUAUCCAUAUGCUGAUUAAUUAAUUGCAUGGGGCUUAUUGCUCAUGUUCGGGAUGGGGUCUCUAGUGGUCGUUUGGGAUGGUACCAGAGCUUGUUUUGUCUUUACUUGCUCACAAGGACGAGUCGAGGUUGGGCCUGGUUUUAUCUUGUUAGCUGUACCAGGGGAACCAGUGUCCGACCCACAGAGAGGGACUGAUGAUUGAUCUCUACCUGAAAAGACCACCAUGAGGUGGGAGUCAGAGUCUCCUUGCAGAAGAAAGCUGAAAGGCUUUUUGGCCCAAUCAGUUGCCCAGAGAGAGGAUUUUGUUCGAGCUGAGAAAAGUUUCAUGUUUUAAGGUGAAUUUUCUGCCCAUAUUCUGUGAAUAUGUCUGAAUCAGAGGAACAACGAUGACUCAGACUGAAAAGCUCACGUCCCGGCGCACUUUCCCCGGGUUGUGUGCUCAUUUAUUCACAGGGCAGCUGGAACGUGCCAGGUGUUUGCCUUGGGGAGAAAUCCCAGCACACGGAGGAUUUCUCCGGUGGUGGAUCCUCCCCCAUCACGCGGCAGAGCUGGACCAGAGCCGCAGAUGUGCCGCGUGUGGAGCCACUGCCUCCCUUCCCAAUGGAACGAAACGCUGCCCUGAGGUUCUUGCUGCUGUUCCUGUGUGUGGGAUCCGGGGUGUCCGUGGAGCAAACGACUGUGACGUCAGGGAACAGUUCACAUGAAUUCUCAGAUCAAGAUUCUCUGCAGAGAAAUGAUCAACAUUACCAAGGUGGCGUGAAGCCAAAAUUGAAUGUCAGUCAAGUGGCAAUUGCACAGAUUGUCAGCCACAACUUCAGCAGGGAAGGGCAGUGGGAAGGAGCAUUCUGGAGGCGGUUCUCCCACAGCCACCACAGCCCCCUCAAUGUCACGGUCAAUGGCAUCCCCUGCAUCCUUUUCUGGGCCAAGAGGAUCAUGAUCAGGCUUGAAAACCACACUCAGCUGGACUUGACAGAGAAGACAUUUGGUGUCCAUGCCACAGUGGAUGUUGGAGACUCAAACUGCAGUGAAGACAGUGCAAUGCUUUCUCUGAAGUUUGGGGACAUUGGCAAUCUAAAGGGACUAGUUAUCAGGCUCUUGCUGACCACCAGCUAUUACCAGCUAUCUGUUCAGAACUGGUUCAGCCUGCACAGGCUGCAGCUGCUGUACAACCACUCGGUGCAGGCGACGUUCAAUGCGACCCGAAUCCAUGCGCCGGCGACUUACUCCUACCACUGCGACCACGUGAGCAGCCUGCAGAGAUACGAUGCUCUCCUCAUUCCCAGCUCUGCAAAUGACCUCUCACAGCUCUGGGAAGUCACUUUUAUUGAUUUCCAGAUCCAAGGUUUUAACAUCCAGGAAGGACAUUUUGCCUAUGCAAAGGACUGUGCAUCCUUCUUCUCUCCAGCAAUACUGAUGGGGCUGGUGAUGUCCCUGAUCCUGCUGCUGGUCCUUGCCUAUGCCCUUCACAUGCUGAUCCAUCUCAAAUCCCUUGACAGGCACCAUGAGUGCAAAGCUUCUCCUGCCUAUUUUGCACAGACGAAAGACAGCGACAUGGGAGAUGAGAAGGAGCCACUGAGAAACAGUGGGAAUGAGUCCUAUGAACUUAGAAACAAGCAGUUUGGUAAAAUCUAUAUUUAGCAAUGUGCAUCUAAGUGAAACGAGGUAUUUUCUUCUGCUGGCACUGUUGUGUGUAGUUGGUGCAGGUCUUUCACCAGCUGAUGAAAGGAAAAGUAGACAGAAACAGACUGUUUAACUGGUUAUUUAUUGAUCAUCAUCUCAAAGACGCCUUGGGAAACAAGCUGAGAUAAAAAAAUUCCAUUGUGAAUAAGAGAUUCAUGUUAUGGGACUUCAUUCCUGUAGCAAAAAGCCAAAAUGCAUAGCUUUUAUCCUGCUUACAAGGUCUUGAAGAGAGAAUCAGUAAUGAAGACUUUGAAAUCAAAUAAAGAUACUAAAUAGAUGUGUAUCUAUGUAUAGAUAGAUAGAUAUAGAUGUAAAUCUCUUAGCUUGUUCUUUCAGAAGGCAAGAUAUUUCCUCAUUUUGUAUUUCCUCUGUGUCUUGACAAAAUAUCAUAAAUUUCUUUCUCAGGAUGUGCUUUCCUUUUAUUUUCCAAGUUACAUCCCCUCCUCUUAGUCGUCAUAAACUCCUUUUCUUUCAGAGCCACUUAAGCUGUGUUUUUAUCCGCAGUGAUGGCUCCAGAACAGCAGCAUCCUGAUACUUCCCUGUGUCUGAGCUGGAGGCUUACUCUGAGGAUCCAGUGGGAGAGCACCAGACAUCUGGUCAAAGGCUUACCCUUAACUUCCUGCCUCAACUGCACGCCAGAAGAGGGAUUAUAAGCAUAAUACCCUGUAAUUCAAGGUUAAUUUCUUUCCUAUCAAAUCCCAUCAGUCUCCCUUGUGAAUUUUACCUGAAUGGGGGUAACCAGUGCUAUAAUUCAAAAUCUAUAUAAGCAAAGCGGAGGAAGCUCCUUAGCACUGAAAAAGGUACUGUGAUAUGAUUUUCAGUGCUUUGUCUGAGCAUUUAGGACACGGUGGUCCUCAAACUUGUCCUUUCUUCCGUUAAAGGCAAAGUUUGGGAACUUCAAAUUAGCCAUGAUUUGGCCCUGAUUUCUAGUAAGGAAGAGCACAGUAACGUACCAACUAUAGUGCUUUUAGGUUAUAAGUAAUACUAUGUAAUAAUAAGUAAUAAUAUGUUAGAAAAUCUUCUGCAAAUACGGAUUUAGCAGGCAUGUUUUAUGCCUGUUUUAUUUUAGAUAAUAGAACUAAUUAGUUGUUUGUAGUCUUUGUAAACUAUACUGCAGUGGUCUUUAAACACCUUGAAAGGUGUCCAAAGAUCUCCUAAUUAUUAGGUAGGCAUUCCUGAAUAUUUCCUGGUUUGUUGAAGUUUAUGCAGUUUGAAACAGAGAUUCUGGAGAUUCUCAAUAAGUGAUGCUGGAGAUGCAUCAUUAAGGUGAAAGGUACCAAUUAAAUAUUGCUGAGCCAUCAGCAGUGACACACAGGUGGAACCCAAAUCAGUUGAUUGAUUUAGGGAAGUACUUCAGAGGGAAAAAAACUCCCCAUUUUUGACACAUAACCAGAAGUAAGGACUUACCACAGCUGCCUGUGGGCAGCUGCUGCCAAACUUUCAUUUGUUUCAUAAAGGAAACAAGCGAAACAAUGAAUGCCUGGGAACCUGAGUGAGGUUAACAAGAGAAGGUGCAAAUCAAAACCAGGGUAUUCCCUGCUGAGUGGCAAAACACUCUCCAGCUUGGUGCCCUCUGCUUGCACCCAGUGGGGACAGAUGUUGGCAGAUGUUAGAGUUCAGGAUGCCAGUGCUAAAUAGGUGAUGCUCCCCGUGGUCUGGAGAGCAGUGCUGUCAUGCCCUGGAGGUUGGGAAAUUAAAACCUGACACCAGUCAGUGGCAGCCUAUCAAAAUGACUGUCAGUCACUGGUGUGAAAUGUUCACCCUGCUGAGCCAAGCACGGCAGCACUUCCUGAACAUUGUGUUCUCUGGGACACAAAGGCACUUCUUCCUCCCACAGAGGUCAUUUAUCCUUCUAGUUACUGUCUGAUGGUGCUGUCAGGGUAAUUCUUACCUGUCAUUUUCUUGCAUGUUUUAAAUGGGCAAAAUUAGCCCUGUUGCUGUGAAAGAUUCUUACAACUCUGAGACUGGGAAUAAGAGAGAU